AUGUACAAUCAUAUGGCCCUUACCAACCUAUUGAACCUAGAAGUGCAAGGUCACAUCACGGUUGACGACACCGAGUCAAUAUUACUGUCAGACAAUCAUCACACAAUCAUCACACUCAACGCGCCGCUGUGCGCAGACUUGAACGUUUUCCCCGAUCGCCACGAUGAAGUAUUGACUCUCUUCAAAGAAAUCGUGGAAUACUCGGCAUUCGUCAAGAACAAUACUCCCCGAAAGCUGCUCCAAUAUCGCACACCUGCCGCCGUCUUUUUUAACUAUAAAGACGCAUAUCACCGUCCUAUUGUCCCAUUCGGUAUGGACGUUGUGAUAAAAGCAUCUUCGAAAGAAGAAUACGAGAAGUAUGGCCGUCCCUUACUUAAGACUGAACCACACGCUUUCUUCGGUUCUAUCGUCGGCUUCGCCACAGAUAACUAUAGCUACCGAAUACUCGUCCAAGCAGAACAUUUCCCAAUUAUAACGAAUUGUAAUGCAAAACUCCUCAAUUCACGCCAAUUUAUCGAGAAUUAUUUUCAAUCACUUGAUUUGUUACAGAGAGACAGCGCUCAAUAUAAUGCCACAGUACUCGAUGCACUUGAAGACAAACUUGCUGAUCAUAUCGAUAUCGCUGAUAAAGAGGUUAUCUUUGAUGCUACUUUACUUAAAAACGGGGACACAUCUGUCCAGACAGCCAACAUUGGAGACACCAAUUUAUCGACGCCAUCUCCUCAAAAUCCUGAGGCUUUGAGCAAUACACCUUCUUCGCAGAUGACGAUCGAAAGUCUUUCUACAAGACAUCCCGAAGUAGCCACUCAACACAAACGGCGUAUAGAAGAACUCACUUCUGACACGUUACCAUUUCCUACCGAUCAAGAAGGUAAUUCGGUAGACGGAAAGCACAUUAAGCGCUCACCACGAUUAGGGGGAGUAAAAACAACUCCACUUUCAGCCACUAGAACGAUCAGGGACCAUAAGACUAAAAGUAAAAUUGUUGAUAACAAUCGUGAUUACGCUGCUGACCCCAUUAAAACUGCUAUAGAAGAAACCAGAACGAAAAUGAGUGAAGAUCAUAACUUAAACUCAACUACGACAAAUUCUGAAGAGUUAACUUCACAGUUAGCCUCCCAGGAGGAUAGAAUCUCAGGGGAGUUAUCAGGGGAAACAAAUGUGGACUUAUCAACCACACCAGCACAAAAUACAAGAUCACAUACCAAGUCAAGACUAGACAAACAAAUUGAGCUGUCUAAAAAUUGGUCUAACCUAGAUACGCGAAAGACUCAAUCAUGGAAUAAAGUCCCACCUGAAAUACACGGAAAGGGCAAAAUUAGAUGCACAAAGCUCACAAAUAGCAAAAACGAUCACCUCCGAAAUAAUAAAAAGAAAGAAGAAGACACCAGAUUUCGAUUCCAGUCCACAACAGAUAAAUGCAUUGCUUAG